AUGGAGUCGCCGUCUAAACCCAACGCUGCCGCCAUGCACAACGUGCAACGCCGACGUGGUUCCGUAGGGACCUCUCAGCUGUUUGAUAACAUCGUCUCUACUUCCAACUUCAACCGUGAUGAAGUCGACCGCCUACGAAAGCGAUUUAUGAAGCUUGAUAAGGAUGCUUCCGGCACUAUUGACCGCGACGAAUUCCUCUCCCUUCCUCAAGUCUCCUCCAACCCCUUAGCUACAAGAAUGAUUGCGAUCUUCGAUGAAGACGGUGGUGGUGAUGUCGACUUCCAAGAGUUCGUCACUGGUCUCUCGGCAUUUAGCUCCAAGGGCAACAAGGAGGAGAAACUGCGCUUUGCAUUCAAGGUCUACGAUAUCGAUCGUGAUGGCUACAUUUCCAACGGAGAGCUGUUUAUUGUGCUGAAGAUGAUGGUGGGAAAUAACCUGAAGGAUAUCCAACUGCAACAAAUCGUUGAUAAGACCAUCAUGGAGGCCGAUAAGGAUGGCGAUGGACGCAUCAGCUUCGAGGAGUUUAUGGACAUGGUAGAUAGUACCGAUGUCAACCUGAGCAUGACUCUGAAUCAAAUAUAA